AUGGGAAACCAAAACUGCCACGCUGAGAUCAUCUUUGAGGACGGUGUGAAGUGGCUUGCGCGAUUUCGACUUCCUAGGACAACUUCGCCUCCGCAAGAAGUCCGCGACUUCAUCCUUCACAGCGAAGUAGCUACAAUGUCCUACCUCCAACAACACACCCGUCUCCCCACUCCGAAAAUUUUUGAUUGGGCCUGCGAAUCCGAUCCGGGAAAUCAGCUUGGGGUUAGCUAUAUCCUUAUGGAAAAGCUCGACGGAAGGCCUUUAGAUUGGCAGACGGCGAGUUCAUCUCAAAGGGAGAAGAUCAUGCAACAAUUGGUGGACGUAUUUCUCGAAAUCGAUAAGCAUCCUUUCGAAUCAAUGGGUUCACUCACCAUGUCUAAUAGCGUUCCUGGCAGUUUUGACAUGCAAGGGUUUGCACAACAAUCGACAUACUGGAUGGGAGCCGGGAGGGGGUUGGGUCCGUUUUCUUCCCCAUUGGACGGGUACCGCGCUAUAGUCGAGUCAAAUCUCUCAAUGAUAGCCAGCGGCGAACUUGCCGCCUACUACCCGUUGGAGGCUUACCUUACACAUCGCUUCCGUCUGGAUGUUAUUGGCAGCCUCUGGAAAGAUAUUUCCAGUAGAAGCCAAUUCUUUCUCAAGCACCCGGAUGACAAAGGAGACCACAUUUUGGUCAAUGAUACCUUCGAUAUUGUCGGAAUCAUAGACUGGGAAUGGACUUGCGUAGUUUCCCGUGCCGAAGCCUUCUCCUCCCCAUUAAUGAUGUGGCCUGUCACCAAAUUUUACAACAGUCUCAACGAGCUAUCCCCAGAUGAACUGAGAUUCGCUGAAAUAUUUCGAGAAAGAGGUCGACAAGACCUCUCUGACUGUAUACUCGACGGCAGGAAGAUUCAGAGAUUUCUAUUUGCAUUGGGUCUGGAGACUCCCCGGGACGAAAGAACCAUUAUUGAUCUUUUUAAGGGUCUUCAACGAGCAUUCGGCUAUGAGGAUGAAGCGUGGCAGGUAUGGAAGUACAAGGUUCUCAAAGAGUGGAAAGACGAUAAAUUGCUCCAGAUAUUAUUAGAGCCAUCCGAAAAUUAG